AUGACUGAUCAACCUUCUGAAGAAGAUGACUGGAACAUGUUCAAAGAUGUUGGUAUGCGACAGCUUACUGUUCCAGAAAUCGAAAAAAUUUACCAAUUUUCUGGUAUUAUUGCUCAAAACAGAAAUGCGAGUGUUAGAUUAGCAAUUCAUAUCAUUACAGGUGAUAAAGUCGCCAUUAAAAUCCUUAACAAAGUUCAAUUACGCGAACAACACAAAAAAAUCUUACUUCUUCGUGAAAUUUCAACACUUCGAUUAUUAGGUGAUUGUAAACAUGUUACAGAGUUAUAUGAUGUUAUAGAUUCAGGCGACAGAAUAUGGGUCGUCCUGGAAUACGCUUCUGGUGGUGAACUCUUCGAUUUUAUUAAAGCAAAAGCUCCUCUUACAGAUUCAGAUGCAAGAGAAGUCUUUAGGCCUAUCGUUAAGGUUGUAGCUUAUAUGCACUCACUACAUUGCGUUCAUAGAGAUCUUAAGCUAGAAAACGUACUUCUUGAUGAUCGAGGCCAAAUUCGUUUAGCAGACUUUGGUUUUUCAAGAUAUUACGACCCAAAAGACGGUCUAAUUGAUUCAGUUUGCGGUACACCUCACUACUCACCACCAGAAAUCAUUAAAGGUAUUCCACACAACCCAAUUUAUGUAGAUUCAUGGUCACUUGGUGUUAUUUUAUAUAUUACACUAUGUGGCGAUUUCCCGUUCAAAGGACUUUCGAUUCCUGAGUUACUUCAAUCAAUUGUCAAAGCAGAUCUUAAAAUCCCACCAUUACCAACAGAAUUAGCCACAGAUUUACUCAAAAGAUUACUCAAUCCAAAUCCAACGGAGCGUCCUACACCAGCAGAAAUCAUGAACGACCCUUGGAUUAAUAAAAACAUAUUGCCAAAGCCUCCUGUCAAAGAUUACACGGCCCGUAUCAACAGAGCUGCAUUGCAUGUUAUCAAAGACCUCGGAGUUCUCAAGGAUGGCCAAGAAGAUCAUAUGGAUGUCGAUCAAACAAUUACAUAUCGAUUAAUUCGUAGAAAAUACCAGCUUGGAUACGUCAAUUUACCAAAUGUUGGCCUUGCCAGACCAUCAGAACCACUUCCAUCCAUUACUUCUACGAAGCAUUUACCUGCGAUUACUCCUCCUGUCAAAGUCCGGCCAUUACCAUUCGGAAUGACAUCCCCACAAGCAAAGGAACGACUUCCCAGUCUCGAACCAUUCCUAAAAGUCUCGAAAUUACGUUGUAAAUCCGCUCAAAAGAAGCAAAGAUCCGUUGCAACCAAAAAUCAAACAAUUACGAGGAAUAUCAGGCAAGAUCAGAUGAUGAGGUUCCUUUCUCUGUUCAAAGAUGUUGAGCUGCCUAUAUUGAACUGCCAGCACACGACACUCGACGAUCCACAAGUUUUAUGGGAGAAAUUAUUUGCAUUUAUGUCAAAAGAAGAGAAUAUUGACAUUGUAAGCGAAUACGACUUCUCAUUAUACUGCAAGAUAAAGGGAGAACAUGAAGUUUAUUUCUCUUUGACAAUGGGAUGCGUUCAUCGCGGAUUUGGCUUAAUUGGAUUUACGAUCCAAAGAAUCAAGGGCGACCAAUAUACACUGGAUGACUUUGAAGGAAGACUCUGCGAGUUCUUAGGCUUUUGA